GAGCAUUGACCUUUUUGCAGCUUUGGCUUUUCCACUGGAAGUUAUGCUCAACGCUCGUGGAUGGGGAAUAAUUUUCAGUGAAAAGGCCACAGUUCGAAUUGAGACGUAACUGGGAAAACAUGUAACGGUGUGCGAGCCUCGGUCCUCUGAAUGGGCCCAUUUCCCAUUCAGAGGGACAAAUUGUUAUGUUUUCAGUUAUCAGUAAUUUUUAUCUAGUUGAAUGGGAAACCAAAUUUAAUAGAGUUAGUGGGAGUAGAAUCAGGAAAUUAUUUGUGCGUGUGAGUUCCAGUAUAGUGAGUUUUCUUAAAUCUUAUGUGUGUGAUUCUGAAGAGUCGAAAUUUUAAUUUUAAAAAUGGACAAAACUUUUGGCCUGAAAAAUAAGAAAGGUGCGAAACAGCAGAGAUUCAUCCAGCAGGUGGAGAAGCAAGUGAAAUCUGGAGGAGUACCGCCUAGGAAGCAAAAUGAAGACCCAAAAGCCAAGGAUAGCAAGGCAAAAGAACAGAAAGAAUUGGCUAUGUUAUUCAGACCAGUUCAAAAGGUUGAAAAAGGUGCCGAUCCCAAGUCAAUUGUAUGUGCUUUCUUCAAGGAAGGACAGUGCACAAAAGGUUCUAAAUGCAAGUUUUCUCACGACCUAACUGUCGAAAGAAAGGCUGAAAAGAGAAGUAUGUAUGUUGAUAUGAGGGAUGGUGAAGACGAGAACGACACAAUGGAAAAUUGGGAUGAAGAGAAACUAAAAGAAGUGGUAGAAAAGAAGCACGGAGAAAGUGAAGCGAAAACAAAACCUACCACUGAUAUUAUUUGCAAAUUCUUCCUUGAUGCUGUUGAAAAGAACAAGUAUGGUUGGUUCUGGUCGUGUCCUAAUGGAGAAAACUGCAUUUACCGACAUGCCCUACCUCCUGGAUUCGUACUGAAAAAGGAUAAGAAGAAAGAAGAGAAGAAGGAUGAAAUAUCGUUGGAGGAUCUGAUAGAAAAAGAAAGAGCAGCUCUAGGGUCUCAGAAAUUUACUAAAAUCACUUUAGAAACGUUUGUUGCUUGGAAAAAGAGGAAAUUGAGAGAAAAGAAAGAAGCUGCUGCCAAGGAGGAAGAGAAACGGCGAUCCGACUUCAAAGCGGGCAGACAAGUUGGGUUAUCGGGCAGGGAGAUGUUCUGCUUUAAUCCGGAAUUGGCAUCUGGUGAUAUGUACGAGGAUGGCGACGAGGCGUUUGACUCGUACAAGCGUAACGAUGACGAGGACUCUGUUGACCCCAACGAGUACCGCGAGAUACAACUCGAUCAGCUAGAGAUGGAGGCCAGCGAAGUGGACAACACCGGAACUAUUGCACCUGACAACCGAUUGACCGACAUUGCGCCUGCCACGGUCAAUGGACAAACAACAUCACCUGAAACGCUGAGCAGCGAAGAGGCAGCUGCAGGUGGGGCUGCUGCUGUUUCAAUCAAUGAGCAUCUUUUCACCGAGGAUGAUUUAGAGGACUUAGAAGAAGAAUUAGACGAUUUAGACAUUGAUCAGUGAUAUAGGAAUCUAUAAAUUUAACUUGCCAAUCCCCUUCUUACACUUACUGCCAGGCAAAAAAGUGCAAAUAACAUCAGCAUCAAGAAGAAUUAGACGAUUUAGACAUUUUCCAGUGAUAUAGGAAUCUAGAAGUUCAACUCGCCAAUCCUUCUCACACUCACAGGCAAAAUAAGUGGAAGUAACAUCAGCAUCUGGCAUGAAUCAAAGGAAAUAAACAAAUUACAAUUAUGAAUUA